AUGGCCGAAGCCGUCGUGGCCAUGCGCUCCGAGGGCGUCAUCGCUGAAGACAUCCGCAACCGCGACAAGAUUAUCGAUCUGUUAGACUGUCGACGUCGGGGGACAAGAGAGAGCAAAAAUUGCAGGUUCAAAGCGGACUCUUUUACAAUCGACGAGAUCAUGAAGAUGAUGAAAAUGCAUGAAUCAGCUAUUUAUUUCAUGGAUGAUUAUGCGGCUACGCUUCCAGCGCCCGCGUGGUGGGAUCACAAAGCCCGAAAGUGGCCAUCACCGAUCAAGUUGUCGCAUACAGAGCGAGCAAGAUUUUUCCGCGCUUUCUAUAGGCUUCAAACGUGGUGUCAUAUAUUUGGACAGCCGGAGUAUGGUCGGCAUUGUUCUGCUUCAACAUCUUCUUCAUUUUCAUCUCCCUUUUCGGCAGGGUUGGAAAGACCAUCUGAGAAUGAAUGGACGGAUCGAACUUUUACACUCGAGCAAGCAUGGCGGCUGAUUUGGGGCACAAUGCCGCCAUGGGAGAUUGAAGAAGUCGGGUCUCUGCUGGAUUACUUCAUGUCGAAAUAUAUUGAGGUUUUUCAGGAGAUUACGACUGCUCUGAUCAACGGAUACAAACCUGGUAACUCCACCAGAGAUGAUCAGUCUACGCAAAAUUCGGAUGUGCUGGAUGAUGCGCCGAUUGGGACGUUGCCGUUAGGGACUCCAAUUCAUAUGAUUUAUGAGCUGCGCGGAGAUCCAUGGUCUUUGGCCAUAACUUUCCGCUACUCCAUGAUUGAAAUAGGCCCUUACUUUCUCUACAAAAUCCUCCAACAACCUUACGAUGACCGACACAUCGCCGUCUCCAACAAUCUACGCAGCGUCUUCACCACGAAAUUAUGGGAAGUCACUGGCCUCAACGACGAACAGAAAUUACCACUUGUCUCGCCAGCAGAUCGAUACGAACGUGCCGAUCUUGCUCGAUUCAUAACGUCUCUGCCUGUAUUAGAGAAACCGAACAAAUGCUGGACGAGGCACUGGGCAGGUUUGGAGGGGCAGCUACAUCCGGAUUUGUGGCUGGUAAAUGGAACUGGACAUUACAGUUCGUAUCCGACUAUCAAUAGAAGGGAGUGGAAAUGGGGGUAUGUGCUAUGGGAUGAUGAGAGGCUGGAAGAGUGGAAUGCCGUGGAGCUUAGUACUAGAAAUUGA